GCUUUGUUGUGCUUAGCAAUAUGGUAACUUGGCGAGCACCGUGCAUCCCUAUGCUGCGGGAACAGCAAUGAGGUCAAUGAGUGCUUCAGAUAUAGGUGGUGUCCGGGUCAGUCUCUUUGCUCCUAUAGGUAGAGCUCUGCAAAUCCAGGGGGGAUGCGGAUCUCUGCAGAUCGUGUUUGCAGGUGCAGCUAUGGAUGCACAUACCAAUUCUGAAUCCGCACAGGGCUCUGUCUAUAGAUUCACGAUAAAGUCCCAUGAAAGAGGGUAUAUAAAACAGACUCUGAUGGCAGAUCGAGUGCUUGUGAUUGGCAGUGGAGGCAGAGAGCAUGCUCUGGCUUGGAAGUUAGCACAGUCUCCACAUGUAAAACAAGUGCUAGUCGCCCCUGGAAAUGCAGGAACAGCCAAUAAUGGAAAGAUUUCAAAUUCAGCUGUAUUAGUCAGUAAUCAUACUAUCCUUGCCCAGUUCUGCAAGGACCAUAACAUUGGACUUGUAGUAGUUGGACCAGAGGCACUCUUGGGAGCUGGAAUUGUGGAUGAUUUGAUGUCAGCUGGAGUGAGAUGUUUUGGUCCCUCAGCCAAGGCAGCUCAGCUAGAAACCAAUACAAGCUUUGCCAAAGCCUUUCUGGAUCGCCAUAAGAUCCCAACAGCAAGAUGGGAAGCAUUUGAUAAUCUUCAAGAAGCUUGUAGCUUUAUUACCAUCACAGACUUUCCUGCACUGGUUAUAAAGGCUUGUGGCCCUGGUGGUAAAAAAGAAAUAAUUUUUGCGUCCAGCAAAGCGGAAGCCUGCAGAACUGUGCAAGAGAUUUUGCAGGAUAAAAUGUUUGGAGAGGCUGGAGAGAGGAUUGUCAUUGAAGAACUUCUUAAAGGGGAAGAACUAUCUUGCUUGUGCUUCACUGAUGGUGUCACUGUUGCCCCCAUGCCACCAGUCCAGGCCCACAAACGGUUAAGGGAUGGAGACCAGGGCCCAAACACUGCAGGGAUGGGAGCUUAUUGCCCAGCACCACAGAUUCCGGAAGCUCUUCUAGAAAGAAUUAAAGACUCUGUCCUGCAAAACGUUGUUGAUGGUAUGAGACAAGAGGGAGCAACAUAUGUAGGUGUGCUGCAAACAGGAUUAAUGUGUAUCAAAGAUGAUGUGAAAAUUUUAAACUUCAGCUGCCAUUUUGGUGACCCACAGUGCCAGGUAAUUCUUCCACUGCUCAAAAAUGAUUUGUAUGAAGUGAUUCAAGCAACAAUUGAUGGUAAACUCUCCAGCUGCUUGCCAGCUUGGUCAGAAAAUUGUACUGCUGUGUCUGUGGUUAUGGCAAGUGAAGGGUAUCCAGGAGACUAUGCCAAAGGAAUGGAGGUAACAGGACUUCUUCAAGCAAAAGACCUAGGGCUGGAAGUGUUCCAUGCAGGCACAGCAAUGCAGGAUGAUAAAGUGGUGAUUGAUGGUGGCAGAGUCCUUACAGUAACGGCUGUCAAGGAGGAUCUGAUGUCAGCACUGGAAGAAGCCAAAAAAGGAGUAGCAGCCAUACAGUUCAAGGGUGCCAUUUACAGAAAGGACAUUGGUUAUUCAGCUAUAGCUUUCUUCCAACAGUCUGAAGGACAGCUACAUGAUGACCUAAAUGUAGACACUAUAACCAGCGGUGCUUGGAUUAAUAAGUCCGAACCACCAACUGCAAAUGGUUGUAGAUCAGGCAGUCAUGCAGAGCUGGGAGGAUCUCCUGAUCUCUUUGACUUGAAAACGUCCGGUUAUGAUGAUCCUAUCUUGGUAUCUCGAACUAAAGGCAUUGGAACGAAAUUGCAGAUUGCACAGAUGUGCCAGAAAUAUGACACUAUUGGCCAGGACUUGGUUGCCAUAUGUAUCAAUGACAUCCUGGCUCAGGGAGCAGAGCCCCUCUUCUUCCUCCACUAUUUUGCCUGUGGGAAUCCUGACACUGAAGUGAAACAAGCAGUCAUUGCAGGAAUAGCUGAAACUUGUAAAAAGGCAGGAUACGCUCACCUGGGUGGAGAGACUGCUGAAAUGCCUGGUAUGUCUCCUCAAGGAGAGUGCGAUCUUGCUGGUUUUGUAGUUGGUGCUGUGGAACGAGGCCAAAUGCUCCUGCAGCUGAAGAGAGCUGCUGAAGGGGAUGUCAUUAUUGGACUAGCUUCUUCUGGGAUUCACAGCCAUGGAUUUAACCUUGUAAGGAAGAUUCUCUUAAUGUCUUCCCUUCGCUACUCAUCUCCAGUACCUGAUGGAUGUGGCCACCAGACAUUAGGAGAACUAUUGCUGACGCCAACCAAAAUCUACAGCAAGGCUCUGUUGCCUGGCCUUCGUUCAGGGCACAUGAAGGCCUUUGUCCCUAUCACUUGUGGGGGGUUACUGGAAAGCAUCCCCAGAAUCCUACCUGAAUCAUUUAGUGUAAUUUUAGAUGCUUGCAGUUGGCGGAUACCUGAGAUCUUCUCCUGGCUCCAAAAGGAGGGGAACCUCUCAGAAGAGGAGAUGGCCCGUACGUUUAAUUGUGGGAUCGGCGCAGUCUUGGUGGUGGAGAAGGAGUUGGCUCAACAGGUUCUGAAGGAUGUACAGAGGCAUGAGGAAGCCUGGCUGAUAGGAAAUAUAGUCUCAAGUCACACAGGAUCUUCUCAUGUCAAAGUCAAGAAUCUCCUUAAAGCCUUGCAGUUAAAUAGAUUCCAGUUUCUGCAGAAUGCUGCUGAUGUGGACAGUCACCUCCAUGUCAAACUCCAAAGAAGCAAAGUGACAGUAGCUGUUCUCAUCUCUGGAACUGGUACAAGCCUUGAAGCACUUAUUGCUUAUGCAAAAGAACCAGCAAGCUGUGCUCAGAUAGCUCUUGUCAUCUCUAACAAGUCUGGGGUGGAAGAUCUGAGAAAUGCAGCCCGUGCUGGAAUUCCCACCAGGGUAAUUGACCAUACAUUGUAUGGAAGUCGCUCAGAAUUUGACAGCACAAUUGACAGAGUCCUUGAAGAAUUCUCUGUUGAGCUGAUCUGCCUUGCAGGUUUUACGAGAAUUUUGUCCAGUGCUUUUAUUAGAAAGUGGAAUGGAAAAAUUUUGAACGUUUGUCCAUCACUCUUACCUUCAGCCAAAGGGGGAAAUGCCCAGAAGCAGGUACUACAAGCAGGAGCCAAAGUCACUUGGUGUACAGUACGUUUCGUACUAGAGGAAGCUAAUACAGGAGCAAUAAUUCUCCAGGAGCCUGUAUCUGUGAAGACAGAUGAUACGGAGGAGACUUUGUUGGAAAGGAUGAAAGAUGCAGAGUGCCGAGCCUUUCCAAUUGCUUUACAGCUGGUGGCUAGUGGAGUGGUCCAACUAGGAGCAGAUGGUAAAACCUGCUGGAAAAAAGGAAGCCAAAGCUUGAAUCAUCAUGAAAAGCAAGAUUGCAUUUCCUCCACUACUAAUCUGUGGCCCUAGCAGUACAAUAGGCUACUGUCAAACCCAUACAUUUUCUUUUCAUUGCUCACUGGUUUUUCUCUGGCUGUUGUUUUCUUCUGCUGUAUUUCAGGCAGACCAAUUUCAUAUCUUUCAUUCACAACCAGGAUAUAUCUUUCCUUGUCUAAAGUUUGUUACCGUUCCUUUGCUGAAUCAGUAUUGGAAUCUAAAUUACUACCUCAAAUGUUGAGGCCCUGCAUGCUCAGCUGUUUGUUAAAGGAAUGUAUAUAAUCAAAGAAUUAAAGGUGUGAAAAUAGCAUGAUUUUUAAGGGAAAUCUAAAUGAGUUCUCUUAAAUACCUGUUUUGUCAGCAUCUCCUUUUGAUUGUUAAUCUGAUUCUAGGAAACCAUGAGCGUCACAAAUCAAAUCCAUAUGAAUUGAAGCAAGGACAUGGGGUAGAUACAGCCAUAACAUAAUUAGAUCCCUACUUGACAGGUAAGGAGAUGGGGAGAAAAAACUAGGCAAUUUCUUAGGGAAGAAAUGCUAAUUUUUUAGAAAGAGGUUGGCAUCUCACUGAGUAUUCUCCCCUUUCCAUCACCAUGGUUGGAGGUUCCUUCAUGUCUCUAUGCCUUCUCCCUGGUGGCUUUGUAGCUCCUGUGUAAUGGGAAGUGAGCCUGAUUAACCAUCAGAAAGGAAUUCUGACAAAGCUGCUAUGUAACAGAAUUCAUCUAGAUUGGCAGAGAAGGGGGAGGGGGAGUGUUAAUUUGAUCAAUAAUCAUCUCUAUGAUCCCAUAGGGUGUGUCUAGACUACAGGGUUUUGUCGACAAAACUAUACCUGCGUCUACACUGCCACUGAGUUCUGUCGACAUAACGUUGACAGAACUCAGCAGUUUUGUCGACGGCUGUAAACCUAAUUCUAAGAGGAAUAACGGCUUUUGUCGACAGAAGGCAUUAUUGCAUUUACACUGUUCUUUGCGUCUACACUGUCAUGUCGACAAAGCGGCUUGCUUUGUCGACAGAACUGGAUGUAGUCUAGAUGCUCUUUGUCGACAGUAUCUGUCGACAAAACUUCUGUUGACAAAAGCCUGUAGUCUAGAUGUACCCUAUCUGACUGAGAAGUCAGAGCUAAACUUUAGCAGGUUUAGACAUUAGUUACAUUUCUAGAAUUAGGUUCAGCGCUACCACUAUUUAGCCUCCUUCGGUCCUGCUCUCAAAUAGGUAAAAAUGCCGCCAAAAAGUUGCAAGUGCCACAUUUCAGAAAUGGUGCCACAUUUGUGAACACAUGUAAUGACAGCCAGCUGUAGAGCAUGUGAGCCAGAAUCUUGCCAGCUAUAGACAACAAUGAAAUGCUCCGGAGGUCAUCACAGCAUGCACAGUCACCUUUUCUCUUGUAUAUGUGUACAGUCAGGGCAUCUUUGAAGUCCUAGGGAACUUGCUCUUUCUCCUAAAUGGUGAUAAAUAACCAGGUGAGACGGCACAUCACCUGGCUACCACUAGAUUCGUAAAUCUCUGAUGGGAUCACGUCACCGCCAGGUGCCUUUCCAGAUUUCACCUGCGUGACAGCUUUUUGUAUCUUGUCAAGAGCUGGCGGCAUAACCAGUUGUGAAUCAUUAGCCCACUGAAGAAUCUCUUAAAAAACACUGCUGUCCAGAGUUGAUGUCUAGUUUAAUACUACUCGAAAAUGUUCAGCCCAGUGGUCAGAGAUUUCAGCGCUAUCUGUAAUCAGGAGUGCUGCCAUCAGCAAAGUGCACUGGUGUAUAAACAGCAAUGCUUGGCCCACAGACAGCCUUUAGUCCAUCCUAGAAUGCUUUAAAACAAUUUCUUACAGCUGUGUCUUGAAAUGUGACUGCUUUACAUUUCCACCAGCCCUCUUUCAUUUGCUGUAAUUUGACUUGUGCUUUCUGCUUAGCUUGAAUGUAUGCAGAUUUCCUGGAGGCAUUCUCUCUAUCCUUGAUCCAGGCCAGGUGGUCACAUGCAUCUUAUCAAGAAGAGCUUGGGCAUCUUUGCACAGCCACUCAAAGGAGGAAAAAUGGUUACUUACCUGAACAAUGAUCGGUACCCAUAUUUUUCUGGGUAUGUUUGGUCAAAUAUGCAUUCCACAGCCCUCUCACCUUCCCCACUACUUUGGGAAUUGUAGGUGUGCAUAGUGCACUCAUCUAUCUGUAGUGGAUUGGAUUUGUGCACAACACCUUUUAAAGACCAUCUGUUACUGCACAGGUUAGUAAUUUUUUUAGUGCGGAAGCAGAAUCUGCAUUUUCACAUUGUCAAGCCAGUGACAGGCUUGGCAAUGAUGGCUUCUUCCUUU